UCCAAACAAUCCUUCCAGCAAAUCUCUAGCUUCAGUCUAACAUACUCGAUGGAUGUGAAAUAUCAGGGCGGGAAGAAUGAGUGGGAGAAGAAGGCCAAUGGCAAAGUCACCGCCGUUUUCAAGAUGGACUUCCACUGCGAGGGCUGCGCCAAGAAAGUCGAGAAAGCUGCUCGCAGUCUCGAGGGUUUUGAAGAAGUGAAGGUAGAUUGUGCGGCAAACAAAUUGACGGUAACGGGGAAAGAGAACCCAACGGUGAUGAAGGAGAUGCUGGAGAAGAAGACGAAGAAGAUAGUGGAGCUCGUCUCUCAGCAGCCGAGGGAAGACGACCGUGGGGAUGAGAAGCCGGAGGAGAAGUCGGAGACGGAAGAAGAAUAUGAGAAGCCCAAAGAGAUCAGUACGGUAGUUCUGAAGAUCAGACUGCACUGUGACGGUUGCGUCAAUGAACUAAUGAAGAUCGUGGGGAAGUUCAACGGAGUUGAGAAGGUGGAUGUAGCUGCCGGCAAGGAUCUGGUGACGGUGAAGGGCACCAUGGACGUGAAGGAGCUGGCUGCCUACCUCAAAGAGAAGCUGAAGAGGAGCGUCGAGAUCGUUGCGCCCAAGAAUCACGACGGUGGAGACGAGAGAGCAAAUAUAUCCGAUGGCGGUAAGAAAGAGAAAGAUGAUGAUCAUUUAUGCUUGAUGGAAGCUAUGGCAUUACUGUGGAUGCAGAAGAUGGGAUUGUACUAGCUACUGUUACAAGUUUUAUAUUAGUGUAUGGAUGUUUGAGAAACUAGGUUUUAUGGAGUUUAUGAACCUUUGUUUGUGUUUGAAAAGAUCGAAGUUUUGAGAGAAGUUUUAUUAAAUAUGUUUUAGAGUGACUGCGUAUGAAUAGAUAUG